UAGACCCAUCCCCCUCCCAAAUAACAUUUCAUUCAACAUCUUCAUCUACUUUCUUCAGCCUUAGCUGACUACCUCCUUCUAUCUUUUAGAAAUGUCUUCAUCAUUUGUGGUUGUCAUAUGCCAUGGAUCUUACCAUACGCCAGAGCCAUAUCGACCCUUCCAAGAUGCUUUGAAAGGCGCUGGCAUUGAGUCAUAUUGCCCACAGCUGCCCUCAUCAGACUUGACGAAAUUGAAUGUAGGGGACCUUACAAACCCAGAUUAUGAUGGAGAUAUUCCUGCCGGUGGAUACCCACAGUCAUCGGACGAUUUGGUAAGCAUCAAUGAACUGCUUCAGGAUCUCAUUGUAAAAGGAGAAAGGAACGUCAUUGUUAUUGGUCACUCCUCUGGCGGUUUCACGGCGACAGCCUGUGUUAUCCCAGAAUUGCAAGCUAACGUUCGAAAGAAGUGUGGUCUCUCUGGUGGUAUCAUUGGAAUUUUCUAUGCUUGUGCAUUCUUGAUUCCUGUUGGUGAUUCUGUGAAUGGCUUCUUUCAGCAAAAAGAUGGAAGUUCUCCUGUGGUUCCACCCUACUGCAAGUUUCAUGCUCAUGGAAUGAAUGGCGCUGCUUCUACAGUCGAGGGUGCCAAGUACUUCUUUAACGGGCUAGACGAAGCUCAGGCUAAGAAAAACGAAUCAACAUUGACGACGUCUCCGAUAUUGAAAACAAUUUAGCAUAACGAUGCAUAUACUGCUUUGCCUUGUACAGAUUUUAUCACGGAGAACGACUUAGCCUUGCCUACAGUUUAUUAGGAAGGCAUGAUUGCGCUCCAAAAUUCUCGACCUGGAGUAAGCAUAACUAUUAUUAGAUGCCCAAGUGGUCACUCACCCCAUUUGACUUGGAUUGAAGGUUUUGUGGCAGCAGUUUGGAAAUUUGGGAAGGAGCUGCCUUUGUAGCACUCCCUCUUCUCGAUUGUAAUUCGACAGGAGACCGAUCUCAUCAAACACUCGUUCAGCUUUACUGAGUACCUGUAUAUAUAAUCAUCAUAUGGACUAUAGCACCGGGGAUGAAAAACUUCUGUUUUGACCAACGUGAUUCACCAGGAAGUCUAUUUGAGGAUCAUACAAGCUUUUUGAUAAUUCAAACCUACCCCGUCA